CGUCAUAGAUACAAUUGUAACGUCAAACGUUCAUGCGUAGCGACAGACCAGCCAAAACAAAUUAAAUAUGGCUGGCGGCUGCUUUUCUGCGAACUCAAGGUAACAAAAUGGAACAUUUAACACUACAACCGCGCCCAAAAACCACAGAGAAGGAGAAAUGCUUGCCUGCAGGUGAUGGAUUGCCUUUAUGGUCAGAGGUGCCAUUGUAUGCCAAAUUACCAGUAUAUCCAAAUCCAAAAGGGUCUUUCAAAUUGUGCACGACUAGCUUAUGUGAACCGAAACAUAAAACGGCACAAACAGACUUCGACCUCACUGACCCAUACGGCUAUGUUGCAUUCAGUCAAUAUGAACCGUUGCACGAUCCACAUCUACGCAACCAUUUUAAUAUUCCCCAGACGAGGCGACAUUUGGUGCGGAAUGGAUAUCUACACGACGGAAAAGUGGUGUGUGACCUUAAAGAAUUUAACAAAUAUAGACAAUACCUUCGAAAGAUGUUUCUUCUUGAAUUGGCAUACGAGAAACAGAAAAAGCAAUGUAUGGCAGAUUCAAGAAGAAGUGCUUCGAAUGAUCUCCAAGGGAGUUAUACAAAGAAAAGACUAGAGAUGGUACAAAAACGAAUGGAAGAACUUAACAAAAUACGACGUCAAAAAUAUAAAAGAGAGCAUCAGAGUAAAUCAGCGAAACAAAGGAAAAGGCUGGAUGAACUAGACGGAGAAAGGUCAAUAAGAGACGCUAGAAAUAAACAGCGCGAGAGGAAAAGGAAACACACACUCCAACAACACAAGGAGAUGAUUGAAAGAAGAAACCAACUGCUGAUGAGACGGUGGAAAACUCAGGAGCGAGAGCGUCUGCAACGACUCCAAGACGCCAAACAUAAACAGCUGAUGGAACAGAGGCAAAAGAUACAAGAUUCAUGGGAUUCAAGAAAGAGAAGUCAGGAAGAGAAGCUAUCUAGAGAGGCUGAUGCAUUAGUUCGCAUUCAGGAACAAAAAGACAAAAGUAUUGCUGAAAGGGAAAGGCGUGCGACUAUCCAAAGACAAAAACUGCAAGAUAGUUUAGCAAAAAUCAGACAAAAAAUGAAACUGGAACAAGAGGCCGUUGAAAGAAAACACGCACGGCGUCUUGCAGAAAGAUUAGCUCUCGCAGAUAUAAAGAGUAUGGCACGGCGUAAUGCAAAACGACGAAGUCGAAAACCCCAGUUCCUCAGCAUGUGGGGUAUUGUAUCAAGUCUAAGAAGAAUGGAGUUGUAUAACUUGAAAGAGAAGAGAUCAGAAAGAUUUUUACAAAUACUGACUGAUGCUUAUGAUGAGAUAUCAAUUUUCAUUGACGAGACAACAUAUGGAGACGAGUUUGAAGACACGUCUGCCAACGAAGAAGAACAGUUCCAAUUAAAGGCUAGAGAAAUUGUUAUGGAUGUAUACAAUACAGUUAAACAAGAACACUACAGUGAAAUGCUUCCACUUCCAGAUGACGAAGAUUACGAUGGUCAUGAAGAGGGUCAGAUCUCCUUUAGAGGACGGUUAUCUGUGAUUCCACACACAAGUGAUGAAAGCUUAACAACUAGUUUUUAUAAACCAACUGGUGAUCACGAGGUAACACCUGUUCCAUCAAUUUACAAAAUGGAAAAUAUAAAAUUAGAAGAAGCGAAGGAGGCAGAACGCAGAAGACAAGAAGACAUGAAAAUGGCAGAGAGUCUUUUGUUGAGACUUUUAGAUGAUUUAAGUCAGGACAAAUUUAAGAAAGAUGAUAUUGUACAACUGACAACAUAUUGUAUGGAAAUGGUUGAGAAACGUGAUUAUGAAAUUGCAGUUCUGCAAGAUCUUGAGGUCAACGAUUUGAACGAGUAUCAAGUGUCCGGUCUCGCAGACAAUUUAGUUAAGUUUACCUUAGAGAGGUUGCUAGAUGAUUUGAAAAGAGGACAACUUAGCAAAGAAGACCUGACAAAGUUAACGCUGUCUAUCAUUGGCAGUGAUAGUUUCGACAUGGAAGAGUCCAUGGACAAAGCAAUCGAUAAAUUUGUGGAAGAUACCUUACAAGACAUUGUUCAAGAUGCAGAUCUACAUGUAGAAUCUCCUACCAAUGAUGCAAUGCUAGACGACUUCAUCAUUAGAACACUACAAACACUGGCAGAUGAUGUUGAAAAUGGUCGUCUAUCCAAAGAGAUGAUUGAAGACAUGCUUAAUUUAAUGAACGCUGAGGUCAGCUCCAAUGUUACACAUGAGUCUACAGAUACAAAUUUUAAGUCAAUUUUACAAAGGAUUAUAGAAGACCUUGAAAACCAAAAAGGUGAAUCACUAUAUCGUGUUGUACAUGCUUUCGUUUCAUCGUAUAUGUCAUUUAAAGAAUCUUCGCAAGAAUCUUUAAGCGAUCUUGUUAAUAUUGUGAUUAAUAGAAUAACUACAGAACUGAGUGGAGAAACGAAGGAAUUAGAGACACUUACACAACUGGCUAAAACAAUGUCCGCACAAUCUCUAACGACAGCACAGAUGUCUAGCAUAGCAAAUAAUGUUAUUGCAACCUUGGACGAAGAAGGUAGACCGUUAACUGAAAUAGCAAGAUUGGUUGUAGAGGAUGCAAUUGAACGAGCAAAAGCAAAGAUAAUUGGAGCCCCUAGCAAUGAACUAACACUGAUAGCAACGACACUAACAUCAUCAAUAAACGACGUCUUGAGAGAAUCAAACACAAACCUUGAAGAAAAAGAUAUCCCAUUUGCCCACAAUGUCUCAAUGUUUGUAACAGAUGUAUUGAAGGUCGUUUACACGAAUUUGCAGAAAGGUUAUUUUAAUGAGUCUGACGUAGCUGAUAUGGUGACCAAUGUUCAGCGGAUUAUCGAUUCAAGAGAAGAUAAGCACGCAGUUUUGACCAAUCAUAUAAAAUAUCUUCUCGCAGACUUAGACGCUGGUCUUCUUGACUCAAAAGAUCUUGAAGAGAUCGGACAAGAAUUGAUCUAUUGUGGGAAAAAAAUGACGGACAGAUCUUCAAGUAUGGAAAGGAGGACGCCUUCACUGACAAGCACAGCUGUAGCAAAUAAUCUUAUCGAACAUCUAUUGGAGUCUUUGCAGGUCGAAUUUGAAAAAGGAAAUGUUGAGAAAGAGGCGUUGAAAGAAUUAGCAUUAUGCAUAUUGCAGUCAACAUCAUCAACAAUCUCUCUGGCAGCUUCCAAUGACUCUAAGAUAGCAGAGGAUGUCGUACGAUCUGCACUGGGUCAAAUUAUGGAGGAGAUCGACGAAGGAAAGUUGAACAGAAUGACAUUAGUUUCCAUGGCGAGUUCUGCUGUUUCGAUAUUUUCUGAGGAGUUUGAUAGAAAGGAAACCUUAAACACAAUUAUGCGUAAUAUUAUUUCAAAAUUAAGAGAAGACAAGAUUUCACUGCAGGAAGUGAGAGCAAUUUUUCGAGUUAUUCUACGUAAAUAUCAGUAUGACCACAGUGUUAUGUUCCCAAGAGAGGUACCAACAUCAGCCGAUUCAGAACUUGCCGAAUCUUUGAUAAGAGAAACUAUCAUCAAAAUUGAUAGGGACUUAAGAUCUGGUCACUUUAGUGAAGAUGAUUUACUAUUAUUUGCAGAAGAAAGCAAACGAUCACGUGGCAAGAAAAUUGGAGAAAUGCCAGAUGAUAUCGUAAAUUUGGUGUCAUCAAUCAUCAAACAUUUACAGUCUAAAGUAACAGAAAGUACCGAUGCCAGCGAAGUUAUAAGGUUUUUAAGAACAGUUGAUACAGAAAAUUGUGACAAUAUAAAAACAAAUGCUGAAGUAAAUCAAUCUCUAAAUCGUAUUCUUGAAGAAAUAACCAGCAGCAGAAACUCAUCCAGUUACCUAAAGAGAAUACUCCGACAUUUUGUAUCACACGUUGGCACACACGAUGAUAUUUUGGCGGUUGGUGGUAUUCUUCAGACUAUGAAUGUUGGUGUUUUAUCAAACUUCGUUAAAAUAACAGUAGCAGAUGUUUUAAGUGACGUUAGAAAAAGUAGGAUGAAGUCAGCAGGACUUACCCUAGACAUGUCUCAUUCAGAUACAGGAAUGUUAAUGAAAACAGCGUCGUCAAUGGUAGCCAAUAGAUUGGUUCAACAGCUUUUAACCAGAGUUGAAAGAACUGUUUUGAGUGGUAAGCCACUAGCUUCAGACACUGAGCUAGAAUCAGAAGGUUCAGAAGAAAAAGAUCGACAACGAGGUCCUUCAUUUGCAAGCUUUGAAAACGAUCUUCUAUGCAGAAUAUCCUCUAAUGAGAUUGGAACUCACAUUCUUGAAACCUUGAACAACAUUAUUUCUAACAUGCGACUGGAUAGAUCUGUUGAUAGGAUAAGUAAUAUAGCAGGAGAAGGGUACGAAAACGCUCAGAAAAGGAUAUCUUCAGGCGUAAUAGAGGAUUUCGUUCUGGAAACUUUACAAGAUAUUGUUGAAAACAUGCAGGACCAAAUGUCUUACGCUGACAUGCGUGACAUACAGGGAAUAACAAACGAUGCUAGUCAAACUUCUAUUUUUGUAAUGGAUGUUAUGAACAAUAUACUUAAGGAUAUGGCGGAAACGAUAAGAGAAAAAGAAGAAGACAACAAAAAACUGGCUGUUACAAACUCGGACUCCAUAAAAGGUACAUCGACUAUUUCACUAGAAGCUGAGGCUGUAGUAGUUGAAGCUCUUCAUAACAUAGUCAGAGAUUUCGUUGGUGAAAGUGAUGCAGAACAAAUGACAAUGAAUAGUUUCAACUUUGACGGCAAAGGUACUAAGCAAUAUGUGAUUGGUACUCUUCAAAAUAUAAAAAGAGAUUUUGGAGAUCCAAAUAAUAAACAUGUGAGAAAUGCAGUCACUGAUAUUAUUCAGACCACAGUGGAGGACGCCGAACGAUCUAAGGACUCGGAUCACAAUAUUGACAACUUUGUAGAAAAUACAAUUGAUAUGAUCAUUGAAACAUUAGAAAACAACAAGCUUAGAACAAAUGACCCAGUCCGACGAGGUGCAUCUCAGUCUUCUGUAGAAUCGGAAGUGGCUCUUGAUUUGUUAGUUAUACCAAGUGGGGUGAGCGAAUCAAUGUUGCUGGAUGGACGUACCAUGAGUUUGCAGAAAAUGGCCGAAAUGACAACUCGCAUGCUGAGGAUGUAUGAUGAAAACGUUCAGAGCACUCGAGGCUCAAAGCAAGAAAUUGUUGGUGAAAUACCUGGCGAAAAAGUCGUUGAGCUGUUAACCGAAGCAGUUUCAAAAACCUUGUCGAACGUAGAAAGCGGUAAAUUAUCUGAAAAAGAGGUUCAUGAGCUAGCAACUGCCCUUUCUGAGCGUUAUCCAGUGGCAACUCUGAAUGAACAAGACAAUUCACUAACUAUCUCUAAAUCGUCCGCUAGUGAUGAAAAAACUGUUGAGGACUUUGUCGUGGCCACUCUUGAAAAAGUUAAAGCGGAACUGCAAACUGGUGUGAUAGACGAAGAUAGGUUGAAAAUGGUCGUUCAAAGUAUGACCGAUAUGCACAAUGGGUCAAAGGAAACGAACGAUAUUAUUCAGCACGCUUCUGUAACAUCCGUUCCAUCAGAGAUCAUUACAAAGCUGGUAAAAAAUGUCUUAUCAAACAUUGCCAGUUCAUUCUCUGACAAUGAUAUUGUCAUACAUGAGGACGGUAGAAAGAAACAGGGUUCGAUAAAAUCUCUGUCUUCUGAAGGUAGUAGCAAAUCCAACAAACCAAACGAUAGGAAAGCCAAUAUCAAUCCAAAUGCAGCCAAAUGUCGUUUAUCUGCACUGUCAAGUGACAGAGUAAAUACGCCUUUGAAGACUACACCAGUGCCAAUAUUGCAUUCAUAUUGUGAAAUAAGAGACAAACCACUUGACAACAAAGAAUAUGGUAUGAUGCAGUCAGUUCCUAGUAAUAAUUACUCUUCUUUUGAAAAAACAGGGAAAUCAAAACCAAUGUGUAUGGUUACUCCACAGAAAUCUGUUAAGACAACUCCAGUGGCAAAUAUAAACAGCAGCAGGCGAAUACGCAUGAAUGCCAAUUCUACUAACGUAUCACCAAUUAACAGACAUGUCGUUUCCAAUGCACGAACUAGUACUCCUGUUCAAAAGGAUAGUCCAUUUCCUAGUCGUCCAAUAUUACCUCAUCAUGUACGAAUUCCUCAUGCAGAUCCCAAACGUCCGGUGCUCAACGAACGCGUGACUAAACAACUUAAAACUAGUUCACGUGAACAUGCUGCAGAGCGACAAGAAACCCCUAAUCGACGCUCAGCAAACGCUAUUAUAGCAGUGCAGUCUCCUAAACGUGCAACAAAUCUGAUAUCCCCAAAAGUACAUAGAAGACAACCAGUUGAACAGAGAUCUGUAUCUGAACAAAGUCAUCAAACUACUACAGUCCCACCCACACAAAAAGAAAGAAACAGAUGUGUUUCUUCAAUGGAAAAAGUUAAGAAGAAAGUCGUACCAACUAACGCAAAAAGGGGUCUGAACAUUGACAAGAAAUCAGCCGCGAAGAAAUCGUCACCCGAAAUUCGAAUACCUUCAGCUUCUUCUGUAGGAGAUAAAAUAUCAACUACGACAAAAAUACCUUCAAAUGAUAUGCAGAAGCCAGUCACAAAAACUGUUCAUACAGAAACGUUGGAGGUCAAAUCUCUUUGUGGAUCCCACAAAACCAAGAUAUCUGUGCGUUCCUCAAACGAUGAUGAAAACCAGUCCUGUAAACGCCAACCGUUUCAUUAAUUUAAUUUGAAAAGUCUGUGUCAGAAUUGGAAGAAGAUUGCCGUUCAAGAAUCAAGUUGUCAAUCAUGAGAAUAAAUAAUAAAAUUUCAA